AAAACUAAAAGGGUUAGGACAUCAAAAAUCAAGAGAGAAGGCAGCUGCGCGCUUUUAUGUCUUCAAACCAACCUACUUCUUCCCUGCACCUCAUUCUGUCACUUCAAAAGCUUGGCAUGUUCUCACAAAGGCUUUUUACCCUUGUCUACUGCAUAUGCUGAUCACAUGCAUUGGAAUAGUAUACGUUUUGAGUUGUCCCUCUUUCUCAUGCACUGCGAGUUCCAAUGGAGAUUUUGCAGCGCUUGUCUUACAAUCUUCUCCUUGCUUCCAUUUUCAUCCUAGCAUCAUCAGCCAUGGAUCCGUACUCGGAGGCCCUUCUGAGCUUAAAAUCCGAGCUUAUAGAUGAUUAUCACCGUUUGAAUGACUGGCUUGUGCCUUCUGGAGGGAAUGCAGCACCUGGAGAAGUAUAUGCAUGUUCUUGGUCUGGCAUCACUUGCAAUAAGAAUAAUACCAUUGUUAUUGGUUUAGACUUAUCUAUGAAGAAUCUUAAUGGUGUAAUGUCAGGGAAGCAAUUCAAUGUCUUCAACGAGCUUGUUGAUCUCAACCUCAGCUACAACUCUUUCUCUGGGCAGCUUCCUGCUGAAAUUUUCAAUCUUACCAGUCUAAGAAGCUUAGAUAUCAGUAGAAACAAUUUUUCUGGCCAUUUUCCUGUUGGAAUAUCGGGUCUCCGGAACUUGGUUGUGUUUGAUGCCUUCAGCAACAGCUUUUCAGGGUCAUUGCCUGAAGAAAUUUCUCAGCUUGGCUAUCUCAAGGUUCUUAAUUUAGCUGGGAGUUAUUUCAAGGGGCCAAUUCCAUCAGUAUAUGGUUCUUUCAAGAGCCUUGAGUUUCUUCACCUGGCAGGAAAUUUUCUGAGUGGUAAUUUACCACCAGAACUGGGCAAACUUAAAACAGUGACCCAUAUGGAGAUUGGCUAUAACACUUACGAAGGAAGCAUUCCCUGGCAAUUGGGCAACAUGACUGAGCUUCAGUAUCUUGAUAUUGCCGGUGCAAACCUCUAUGGCCAAAUACCAAAGCAACUCUCCAAUCUCACGAAGCUGCAAUCACUUUUUCUCUUCAGAAACCAGCUCACUGGAUUGAUUCCAUGGGAGUUAAGCAAAAUCAUUCCUCUUAAAAGCUUGGAUCUCUCCGAUAACCAAAUUUCAGGGCCUAUACCUGAGAGCUUUGCCGAGUUGAAGGACCUGAGACUGCUCAGUCUUAUGUACAACGAGAUGAAUGGCACUGUCCCUGAAGGCAUUGCAGAAAUUCCAUCCCUGGAAACUCUUCUUAUAUGGAGCAAUUUCUUCUCUGGGUCACUUCCACAUAUCUUGGGUAGAAACUCCAAACUCAAGUGGGUGGAUGCCUCUACAAACAAUUUCAUUGGCAGCAUUCCUCCUGAUAUAUGUUCAGGAGGCAUGCUGUCGAAGUUGAUCUUGUUUUCGAACAAUUUUACCGGCAGUCUCUCACCAUCUCUCUCUAAUUGUUCUUCAAUUGUUCGUCUUCGACUUGAAGAUAAUUCAUUCUCAGGUGAGAUCCCUUUUAGAUUCAGCCAUCUGUCUGAUAUCACUUACGUGGACUUGUCCAGGAACAAGUUCACAGGUGGGAUUCCCUCAGACAUAUCCCAAGCUUCCAAGCUCCAAUAUUUCAACAUCUCUAACAACCGAGAAUUAGGAGGCGUCAUCCCUGCACAAUCAUGGUCUUUGCCACUUCUUCAGAACUUUUCAGUGUCCACUUGCAAUGUUUCAGGCAAUAUUCCUCCAUUUCAAUCUUGCCAAUCCCUUGCUGUUGUUGAACUAAACAUGAACGGUUUAGCAGGAACUGUCCCGAAAAGUGUUUCUAAUUGCAGGGCUCUUGAGAGGGUGGAUUUAGCAAAUAAUAAUUUGUCAGGCCAUAUACCUGAAGUUCUUGCAAGUCUUCCUACUCUUGCUGUCUUAGACCUGUCACACAAUAGUUUCAAUGGCCCAAUACCUGUCAAGUUUGGUGAUUCUUCAAGCUUACUACUUCUGAACGUGUCUUUCAAUGAUAUCACUGGUUCCAUUCCCUCUGAAAAGUUAUUCAGAUCAAUGGGUAGCAGUGCAUUUGUUGGAAAUCCUCAGCUAUGUGGAGCACCCCUGAGACCAUGCGUGGCAAUAUUGGGAAGCAAAGGCACGGGGAGGCUUAUAUGGGUCCUGCUACUGUGUGCAGGGGUGGUCAUAUUCAUUGCAGCAUCGGUUUUUAGCGCAGUUUAUCUCCAGCGAGGAUUUAGAGGCCAGUGGAAGAUUGUCUCAUUUCCCGGACUCCCUCGAUUUACAGUAAAUGAUGUUCUGAGGAGCAUCAGUUCUGCCGAAUCAAAAGAAACGGUGCAAACACAAUCGGAUUCAGCUUGCAUAGCAGUUCUGCCCACAGGUAUAACAGUUUUGGUAAGGAAAAUCGAAUGGGGAGCGAAGAGAAUGAGGCUCAUGUCAGAACUAAUAACACGAAUGGGAAAUGCGAGGCACAAGAAUUUGAUUAGAUUGCUGGGAUUUUGCUACAACAAGCAUUUGGCUUAUAUAUUGUAUGAUUGCUUGCCUAAUGGGAAUUUAGCUGAGAAAAUAAGAAUGAAAAGAGACUGGGCAGCCAAGUGCAAUAUUAUAGUCGGAAUUGCUAAGGGACUUUGUUUCCUUCACCAUGAUUGUUAUCCAGCAAUUCCUCAUGGGGAUUUGAAGUCGAGUAACAUAGUUUUUGACGAAAACAUGGAACCCCAUUUGGCAGAAUUUGGGUUCAAAUAUCUGCAACAGUUGAAUGAAGGUUCAUUUCCAGCAGAUUCCAACAAGGAAACAGGUGAAUUCAACAGAGCCAUAAAAGACGAGCUUUACAUGGACGUUUACAGCUUUGGAGAGCUCGUUCUGGAAAUUUUAACCAAUGGCAAGCUGACAAAUGCAGGAACAAGCAUACAUAGCAAGCCGACAGAGGUGGUUGUGAGAGAAAUUUACAAUGAGAAUGAAGUUGAUCCUAGAACCUCUGUGCAAGAGGAGAUCAAAUUGGUUCUUGAAGUUGCUUCGCUCUGUACUAGGAGUAGGACCUGUGAUCGGCCAUCCAUGGAAGAGGCACUGAAGCUGCUAUCUGGGCUGAGGCUCACAAGACAGUAACAUCACUCCUAAAGCAGGGAGGCUAUAAUCUCAGUUACGUAUUACCAUAUUAAAGGAAAAGAACAGAUGUAGCAAAUAGUUAGCUUAUAAAAGAGUGUCUUGUGUGUAGAUAUUUGAUUUUGGUCUUGCUUUUGCCAUAAACAAUACAACUGCAUUGCUGCAGAAUUGUGGCCUAUAAAGUUAUAUACCUUUAACCCCUCUUAUGAGUGUGGGGGAUUCA